UUCUGCUUAUUCACAUGAGCUGCAACCAUUUCCCAAUUUCAUCAGUUUCUUCCCUAAUUUCCUCCAAAAUCUCCAUUCACUCUUGGGAAGAGCCACUUUUUGUCUCCUCAUUUUAUUCAUUUCUCACCGCCAUAUUUCACGAAUAUAAACAUUUUCACCUUUGUCUCACCAUUCUUGACUCAAGACACAUAGUACACAUUCUUUGAUACAUCUACUACUUUGGUCUCGCUAGCUAUAUUUUCGUUUCUUUUUUCUAGCUAUAUAUCUCGAAAUCAAACAUGGUUGAAUUUCAAGAAAUUAUAGAGCCUUUGAGCCCAAUGAGCGAAGUGGAAGAGAACCAAGAAUUAGAUGAUGAAGAAAUCAACUACGAUGAUCUCAAACGGCGCAUGUGGAAGGACCGGAUGCGUAUGCAGAAGCUUAAAACCAAGAAGGAAAUCAAUACUUCCACUUCUAGCAAAGAUUUAGUAGAGGGUGAUGAAGACGACGACUCACAAGCUAAGCAAGAACAAUCGCGUCGUAAAAAGAUGUCAAGAGCUCAAGAUUCAGUCCUCAAGUACAUGGUAAAAAUCAUGGAGAUUUGCAACGGUCAAGGCUUCGUUUUUGGGAUCGUGCCAGAAAAAGGGAAGCCUGUAACCGGCUCGUCGGAUAGUUUAAGGGAGUGGUGGAAAGAGAAGGUGAAGUUUGAACAAAAUGCCCCAGCUGCCAUUGCUACAUUCUUGCCUAAAUUAGUGGAAGAAAAUAUAUUGGAUCCUAAUUCAUGCAUGCAUCUUCUUCAAGACUUGCAAGAUACUACUUUAGGCUCACUACUUUCUGCCCUAAUGCAACAUUGUAUACCUCCACAAAGGAGGUUUCCUUUGGAUAAAGGGUUGGCCCCACCUUGGUGGCCCACAGGGAAGGAACUUUGGUGGGGUGAUCAAGGUUUUGCGCAAGAAUUAGGCCCACCACCUUACAAGAAACCACAUGACUUGAAAAAGGCAUGGAAAGUAAGUGUUUUGGCUGCUAUUAUUAAACAUAUGUCUGCUAAUUUGGAUAGGAUGAGGAGGUUGGUCAAACAAUCCAAGAGUUUGCAAAACAAGAUGACAGCUAAAGAAACAGCUACUUGGUCAAAAGUUGUUAAUCACGAAGAAGUCCUUCUCAAGCUCACUGAAAAAGCUCUCAAAAUUUCAACAUCAAAGGAGGAGGAAGGAGAAAAUAAGGGAAAAGAAGAUGAAUAUCUUGCUUUAGUACCCAAAAUUGGUAAUCGUGUCAAUUUGUUUGAUGGCUCUACUUUGAGGAGAAAGGAGAAAAGGAAAGGGGUAUUCGAGAGUGAAAUAGACACGGAGGAUGAAAUUUUUGCUACCCAAAAUUCAAAUAAUUGCGCGCAAAGUGAUUUAGGGGUGGGAUUACCGUGCAAGAAUUCAAGAAUUGACUCCGAGAAAAGUUGUCUUGUUCGCGAAAAUAGUAUCGACAAGGGGGAGGAUCAAUUGCUUGACCUGUCCAUUAACAACUUUCCCAGCUUGAUUGAAGCACAACCAAUUCCAAAUGAAGAAAUAAUGGUUGGCCAUGGGCAACAUGAUUGGGUGAACAUGGAUAUAAAAAGGAGCUUCCAGAGCUAUAAUGCAUCACAAAAUGCUAAUGGAGGAUCAGUUGUGGAGAAUUUCGAAGGAUUUUGGGGAGGCAAUGUCCUUGAACAAAUUCAUUAUGAUCCCUCUACUUAUAGAAACAUGAAUUUGAAUGCUACUCCACAAGAAGAUGGUGUUCUACAUCAUCAAGCUCCGAUUUCUGUUUGGGAUUUGGCAUAUGAGGAUACAAGCUCCAUUUAAA